AUGUUCAGCUCUAUCGCUCUACCUCCGUAUCCGACAACAGGCCUUCGAAAUGGGUCGGCCCUCCUGCCAGCAAGCAGUCUGACUGAAACCCCGACCGGGCCGCCCACGACGGCCGCAGGUGAAGAGGGCGCUUCGCGAGGACCUCCCAAUAGGAUGCAGUCGUCUUUGUCCUUUGCGUUCCCCGUCCCUGGCGAGACUACAACGACCACCGUCCAGCCUGUCGCAUCAUCAACUUCUCUUGUGCUCAGCACCACCGCAAAGGCUGAAGCUUCAUCUACGCCCGCCCCCACAUCCCAUGAUACCCCGGCUUCAUCAACAACACCACUCCAGACCAUACCCCCAUCAUCGGCAACUCUCAAGGUCACAGGCUCUCCCAACGUCGGCGUCCCCACCAUUGAGACCUCGCUUCCCGCCGCCACGGCGACCAUCUCCCCAGAGGUUGCAGCCAGAAACCUCGCCAACGCCAAGUCUUUUAAUGCCCUCUUCGCCACCCUCACCGAGCAGUCUGCUUGUAGUAACGGCCAAGUCGCCUGCGUCAGAGGCAACAUCGGAAAAUGUGGCUCCGAUGGCGCCUUCGACAUCGUGAGCUGCGGUAACGACCAGUCAUGCUUCGCCCUUCCUAUGAACACAACAGAGGGGGUCGUCGUCGGCUGCUACAACCCUACCGUCGCGAGCAACAUUCUCGGAGAGGCUGUGUCUGCCCCGGGAUCCUCUACAAGUGCUGCAGUAUCAGAGGUCACAAUGACUGUCACGCCAGUCGUCACCGCCACGUCCACAAUCCAGGUGACUCCGCCGAGCAGCCCAGAGACCACAAGCCCAGCGGUCCCAAUUGCCACCGCCACGUCUACGGUCCUCGUCGCCCCGCCUGAGAAGACCUCCUCCCCGGGCUUCACCACGACCGUCGUCGUUACGAGGACGGUUGAGCCCGACCCGGCACCAACUACCACAGAAAGAGAGGGCACGACGACUGCAGAGGAGCCAACGACACUGUCGACCUCCACCCGUCGUCGCACACGCAGCUCAAUAUCUGUAGAGACAUCUGCACCACCUGCGACCACCACUGUCACCGUCACCGGCACACUGACAUUUGACCCGAUCCCGUCCACCGUCCCGACAGUCCUCCCGACGGCGCCCGCGGCGAAGUCCAGCCCCGAUACUUUCGGAUUCGUCAUGACAGUCACGGAGAAGGAGACCGUGACGGCAACGGUCACAGUGAAGGAGACGGAGACAGUUACCGUCACAAAGGGCCAGUGA